AUGUCAAUUAAAGAAACUGACGAGUCUGGUUCUGAAGCAAUCGACAGUAAUCAACGAUUAGAUGAAGAAGAUGAUGAUGAUGAUGAAGAUGAAACGAUCGAAGGCGAUGAGGAUCUUAGGAUACCGGCAGGUGUUAAACCAGAACCAAUUACACGAUUUAUGAAAAGGGUAACACUUAUUGCUGAUCUACAUCCACUGACUCGAUCGUUACGUCUAGAUGGCGUACUUGAAAUUGAGUUUCUCACAAAAAAACAUGAUACAUUAUAUCGUAAUUCAGUUUUUCGAUUGAGUUGA